AUGCCAUCUCUCAUUGCGUUGAAUCCGCCCUCCCCUUCUCCGUCCAUCUUCAAGGACAAAGAGUCACUCAGCCAGUUGUCAUCACUAAAGACGGCAGUAUCGUACCUUUCUGCUGUUCAACAAGCAGAUAGCCCUGCUCGGACUCACGACAACUCCUCUGGUUCAUCAACCCCUGCACUUUCUCUCUCCUCCGUCACAGCUUCAUCCGAAAACAUCUUCCUCAACGAGGACGAUGAGAACAACUGUCUCGUGUACCCCAUUAAGCCGCCCAUCUCCGAGCAGGUUUUCAGUACUAUUCACACAGAGUUUGGUCACUGCGCAAACGAGGCCUAUCGUUGUGUCUCCAAGCAUGACUACACGAAGCCUUUCCAGGAAUACAUCGUUGAGGAGCCUCCGUAUUAUAUUCUCCUCGCCACAUAUAUAAGCUAUCUCAUUCUCCACUUUUUCGGUCAUAUGCGUGACUUCUUCGGAAAGCAUUUCACUAAGUCUUCCUUCGCCCACCUCAUGCACCAUAAUGGUUAUGCGCCUUUAAACUCAGAUUGGGAUUCGUUCUACGCCCGACGGCUCAAGCGUCGCAUGGAUGACUGCUUUGGCCAGCCUGUCACAGGCGUUCCAGGCCGCACUGUUCUCAUUCUCGACCGUUAUUCCACCGACUUUAACCAUACCCAGAUUUACACCGGUAACAGAACACGCGCCUUGAAUAUCUCAUCAUACAAUUACCUCGGCUUUUCCCAGGCCCACGGCGGCUGGGUAUAUGCAGUCGAGGAAAGCGUCCGUCAAUAUGGCGUCUCCACCUGCGGCACGCGUCUUGAGACCGGGAGCACCGAGCUCCAUGUCUCUAUGGGCUUCGCCACCAACUCUACUUUCAUUCCUGCACUCGCGGGAAAGGGGUCCCUGAUCAUUUCCGACGAGCUGAACCACACUAGUGUGCGGGUCGGUACACGCCAAAGUGGUGCCCAUGUCCGGACGUUCAAGCACAAUGAUAUGUCAAGCCUCGAGUCGCUUCUGCGUGAGGUAAUAAGCCAGGGUCAGCCCAAGACACAUCGUCCGUGGAAGAAAAUCUUGGUCAUUGUCGAGGGUUUGUACUCCAUGGAGGGCACCCUUGUGAACCUGCCUAGGAUUGUCGAGCUGAAGCAGAAGUACAAGUUCUACCUCUACAUUGAUGAGGCGCACACGCUUGGUUCGCUCGGUCCUCACGGACGUGGCGUCACGGACUACUUCGACAUCCCUCCUCGCUUGAUUGAUAUCUUGAUGGGCACGUUCAGCAAGGCCUUUGGUGCUGCUGGCGGAUAUAUCGCAGGGCACAAAACCCUUAUUGAUGCCCUCCGGCUGCGCAGUCACUCUGGUCCGUAUGCAGAAGUAAUGACGCCUCCCGUUCUCACACAGAUUGCUGUGUCGAUGGCCAGCAUCAUGGGUGUCGCUCCGGUACCACAGCCCGCCAAGUCCCCGCGUCCCCUCGGUCUUGAUAGCUCAAUUGUCACGGCGACGCAUAGUGCAGAUGAGCUCGCACGAAUGGUGCCUGCAAGCAUGCUGCCGACGUGGAUGAACCUUCAUCCGUCUCUCGCGGAUGGAUCGGAAGCUCGCACGCGUAUGCACCGUCUUGCCUUCAACUGCCGGUAUCUGCAUGCGGGCCUCAAGAAACUCGGCUUCGUCGUCUAUGGACAUCCCUCCAGCCCGGUUGUUCCCCUGCUCAUCUUCAACCCGGGAAAAUUAUUGAUGUUCGUGCGUAUGAUGCGUGCGCACAGCCCACCGAUCGUUGUCGUUGUCGUAGCGUACCCAGCCACUCCGGUUGAGAAGGGUCGUGCGAGGCUCUGUCCUAGCGCAUCCCACACAAAGGAGGACAUUGAUAUAUUUCUGCGAGCGUGCGAUGAGGUUGGUGGAAUUCUUGACUUGAAACACGGUUUGGGCGAGCGGUGGGGGAUUGAUGAGGUUUGCGAACGCGCCGUGGAGCUCGUGCAUUCUGUGUGA